AUGGAUAAGGACACGGAGCAUGAUAUAGGUGCCCGCAGAGAGAGGCCAUGGCUCUAUGCAUGGAACCGCAGGCUUCGGCAUCUCCAGGGAAUUUCUAUACGAAACUUGGUUGUGACGCCUCCCCCGACUCGAGCUCGCGGCAAGACUAUUGAUGACGACGAUAUCCCUAAUGCCUUAAAGACACCCUCGAAGAUCCUAUCGCAGAGCGACAAUCACACCUUGCACCCUUCGCGAUCCUUCACUGAUCUCAAGUCUCAUUCGAGUCAACAUAACAAUGCAAACGAGCCUGUGAUGCGUUCGUCGCGUCGCAGAAGUACUAUGUUCUGGAACGACCCCAAUCCUCGAACUCGGCAGGUCAAACUAGAAGAUAUCACAAACAGCCGCAUGGCGGAUACAUUUUUCACACUUCAUUGCGAUGGUCUUGACGAGCCGGUGUAUAUUAGCGAAACGGUGGACCGUGCAAACAAUCCGAGUUUCCGAUCUUUCGACUUGAAUCUAUGUGGCCCAUAUGUUUCUCGAAUGGAUGAGUUGACUUUGAGGGUCUGGACAAAGACUGCCGAUAUGUCCGAGUUUAUUCUACUAGUUGAACUACAUCUGCAUUUGCGAUCACUGCAAUUCCUGGGGAAGACAUUGGAGAGCUUCCACCAACCACUUCCUGCGAACUCGAUCCUUUUUCACUUCCCAGACGGUGUGUAUUCCAACCUCACUGACCUUCCGCCGGUCGAAACAUCUCUCCAAACUGCAGGACAGAAAGCCACUGCAGAUGGUACCGCGUUGCCGUCCUCGUCGUAUGACGCGUUGAUGAAAUUGGCCAAUUUAGACGAAUGUGUACAGGACGCAUUGGCUACCAGAGAAAAGUUGGAAGCUCAGAUUAGCUUAAUUCUACGGCAGAACGAGCACUCACUAAAUGUAGCAAGCGAUGCAGCUGCAGCACAGGAAAAGCUUGUUCUUACCAAGCAGUAUGUCGCCAUGGAGCGCAAACGCGUCCGCACUGCAGUCAGGCGAAAAGAGGAGCUCAUUGCCAGUAUCAAAGCUCGGAAAGAAGCGAUGGAACAAGGCCGCAGUGCUCAGGAAAAGACACGCAGUCAUCUUCCCGAGGCUCAGGAGAGGUUAGUUUCCAGCGAGAAAUUGCUUGAGCAAAACGAGGAGGAUACCAAAGGUCAGCUCCGACGUAUCGCUGAAGAUCUUCUCACGAUCUACCCUAUUGAACCCAUCCCGGAUACACCCCUGGCAUUUACCAUCGCUGGGCUAGCCCUCCCAAACUCGGCCUUCGAAGAUAUCGACCGUGAGGUAGUCGCAGCGGCAUUGGGACACACAGCUCACUUGGUCUAUCUGCUCUCAUUCUAUCUGUCGGUGCAUCUCCCAUACUCGAUCAACGCGAACGGGUCAACUUCGUUCAUACAGGACCCCAUCUCUGCCUCACUCCCACAACGCACCUACCCCCUCUAUCCGGUGAGUGUCCAGUACCGGUUCGAGUACGCGGUCUUUCUCCUUAACAAAGAUAUCGAGUACAUCCUCAUCAAACAAGGAUUGCGCGUCUUGGAUAUCCGACACACCCUUCCCAACCUCAAGUACCUCCUUUACGUUCUUACUUCUGGCGACUCGGUGAUUCCCGCCCGUAAAGCUGGUGGUGUUCGAGCUCUUGUUGCCGGGCGGUCUACUCCUAAUCUAUCACGGCGUGGUAGCGUGGACAGUGGUGCAUCUGGUGAGCUGGUGCAGCCACACAAAGCUUGGGAGUCAAUGUCCCGGAUGAACGUCAACCUCGCCACACACAGGGUGAAAUAG